AUGAAGUUUUCACUCUUAGCGGUCGCCACGGCGGCAACCGCUACCUGCAGCAGGCGCGUUAAGACAGGUCUCGAUGUCCUUAUUGAAAAGAACUAUGCCCAGCUUACUGGCAAGAAGGUCCUCAUACUCACUAAUCCUACUGGCGUCACCCCGCAGCUGGACCUCGGAGUGGAUGUGGACCUGGUGGGGGUCAUGGGACCUGAGCACGGCUUCCGUGGCACAUUUGUGGAUGAGAAGACGGGGCUGACGGUAUAUGGUGCGUAUAUGGCGAAUACGACGGAGCUGAUGGGUUUUAUCGAAGACUCGGGGGCAGAUACGGUGUUAUUUGACAUUCAAGAUGUAGGGGCUCGGUUCUACACGUACCUAGAUGUUUGGGUGAUGUAUGGCGCAAUGGUCGCAGCGGCCAAAAAACAAGCCUCUUUUGUCGUUCUCGACCACCCAAACCCCAUCACCGGCCUUAACGCCUUCGGCCCGGUCCUUAAUGAAUCUUUCGUCACCUCCUACGUCGGCCGUCGCGCCAUCGCCCAGUCCCACGGCAUGACCGUUGGCGAGCGAGCUCGCCCACAUGUUCAUAGUGAAGCUGCUGACGGGUCCUCCCUCUCCCUGAACGUGGUUCGAAUGGAGAACUGGCAGCGUUGGAUGACAUUCCAUGAUACAGGCUUGCCCUGGGUGAUGCCUAGUCCGAAUAUGCCCACGGUGGAUACAACGAUGCUGUACCCAGGAACAUGUAUGUUUGAGGGCGUUAGUCUCUCGGAAGGAAGGGACACAACGAGGCCCUUUGAGCUGCUAGGUGCGCCGUGGGGAAACGAGUCUUGGGUUUCAGCCAUGAGGGAGUUGAAUAUUGCGAAUACACAAUAUCGAUUUCAGUGCUUCACGCCCAUGGCGAAUGAUUUCCAGGGGAAGGUUUCAUGCGGACUGCAGACAUAUACAAACUUGCGAUCCGUCGAAGAGCUUGAGGAGUUCGACGCGCCAUAUGUGGGAGUAAGCCUUCUCUAUACAGCGAGGAAGCUGUACACGGUGGGGAACACGACGGGUGAUGAGCCGACUACGGGAGCUUUCCACUGGUUGUACAGUAAGGCUGAUGGGACAGUGUACAACGUGGAUCUCUUGACAGGAUCGCCACUCAUCAGGCAAGGAAUUGAGGAUGGGCUAACACCUGAGGAAAUUCGCGACGCAUGGUUGCCGCGCUUGGACAAGUUUAAGGAGAAACGGAAGAAAUACUUGCUGUACUGA